AUGUCCCACUCAUUUCAGCGCAUGAAGACGACCAACUACGGCCGCUGUCACAUGUGCGACACCUACGUCUACUUCUGGGGAUGCGAGUGUAACCAGUGUCAGCUGAUCUGCCACAAGAAAUGCCUGAAAAAGCUGACCAUCAUGUGUCCGCACGCCCCCCUGGGCCCGAAGUGCAGCAUCCUCAACAAGGACAUCGAGUCGCUGCCCGAGGACGAGAUGGUGCCCAUUCUGGUGCGCAAGUGCACCGAGGAGAUUGAGCGUCGGUCGCUGAAGCGGCCCGGCAUCUACCGCAUGUCCGGCGUGGCGACGCGUGUCGAGAAGCUGCUGAAGAGCUUCGAAAGUGGCCCCCACCUCAUUGACCUGAUUGACGUCAGCACCAAUGACAUCACCUCGGUGCUGAAGAUCUUCCUGCGAGAGCUGAAGGAGCCCCUGGUGCCGAACAGCAUCUACAAGCUGUACAUUGACGUGGGCAGGGUGUUCCGCCACGAGGGCACCCUCAAGGACGACGCCUACGUCCUCACCGGCGACGCCGAGCACUCCGAGCUGAUCCGACAGAUGCGGCUGUGUGUGAGCAAGCUGACGCCUCACCGGCUGGCCACCAUGCGCCACAUGUUCGGCCACCUGAAUCGCAUCGCCGCCUACAGCUCGCAGAAUCACAUGACGCCCGCCGCCAUUGGCAUCAUCUUUGCGCCUACCCUCUUUCGGCCAAG